ACGCGCCCCAACAAACGUAAACAGGAAGCACGCGUACGACGGUCGACCUCGACGGUCUGACAAAUCAAGUCAUUCGAAGACGAAGAGUUUAUAUGCCUUUAAUCAGGCAGAUAAAAUGAACAGGCCCUUACCAGACCAUGUGACCAAGCACAGUGCUGAACUGGGUUUAGAGAAAAAUAAGGCUGUUAAGAAGGAUUUUGUGAAGGCUUUUCUGAAACGCCACUUACCUAAACAAAGACUUCUCCAUGGUGAAGAUGAGGAGAUCAAGAAUAAGUUUGUGAUGCUGGAUAAUUCCAGAACAAACAAAACAAGUAACAAAAGACCCACACGGAAAAAGAAAACACUUUCUACGAGGGAGUGCAAGAAUUUAAAAAUAUUCAAAGUGGAAAAAGAAGAUCAAAGAUAUGAAUCUUACUUACCUCUUCAUCACCUUUGGCUAGAAUACAUGGAAGAGCUCACAAACUUUAACAGUUUCACACCUGGUAGGAUGACAAAUGUACAGCAGAGAUUACUGAAGGCUGACCUGCAUGGUUCUCUGCUCACAGUUCAAAGGUCAAAGUGCCCCAGCUAUGUAGGGGUCACUGGGAUUAUCUUACAGGAAACCAGGAACACAUUUCUUCUGAUCACCAAGGAAAACAAAGUAAAAUGUAUCCCCAAACAACAUUCGGUGUUCACUUUCAUGUUGGGCUCGUACAAGUUCACCAUCUACGGCAAUAACUUCCGAGUUCGGUCCAGUGAGAGAGCUGUGCGCAAAUUCAAAUCAAAAGCUACUGUGGAUUUUUGAUACAAAAUAAAAUAUUAUUUUCAAAAACUUUA